CGGGCUUUUGGGGGCCACGAAGAAAAGGAAGGACAAGCCCAGCACUUGGCACGGUUCCCUUCGAGGAGCAGGACAGGCCUGGCGGGCCUUUCCCCUCAGCUUCGUCUCUUCUGCAUCGUCUCUUUCGGAUGAAGAAGAGGAGAACGAGGAACCCAGCGGGCCUUUCUGGCACUUUCUCCCUCCGCUUUGAGUCUUUGGAUUGAAAAGAAGGAGCCUAAGUGGGGAUUUUUGGCACUUUCCCCCCUCAGCUUUGUAUAUUCUGGGUGAAGAGAAGGAGCCCAAGGAAAUUAAUUUUAAUUUUUUUGCACUUUUUCCUCUCAGCUCCCUGUCUUUGGGGAGGCGCGAGAGCCUAGUGGAGGUUUCUCCCUCAGCUCUGCAUCUUUUGGGUGAGGAAAAAGAAGGCCAAGGAACCUUCCUCGCAUUUUUCCACCUCAGGAGAUAAGAAGAAGAGAGCCUCCCGGAGGUUUCUUGCGCUUUCUGCUCCCUCAGCUUUGAGUCUUUUGGGUGAAGAAGAGGAGGCCGAGGAGCCCAGUGGGGAUUUCUUUCCAGGAGGAAGCCGGUCUAAGAAGAGGAGGACGAGGAACCAAGCAGGCCUUGCUGGCACUUUUUACCUCAGCUUUGAGUCUUUUUGAGUGAAAAGGAGCCCAGUAGGGACUUCUUUCUUUGCUUUGUAUCAUUUGGGUAAAAAGGAGCCCAGGGAGAUUUAUUUUAUUUAUUUGCACUUUUUUUCCUUGUUUUUGAGGAGGAGAGAAAGCCUAGUAGAGGCUUCUUGUACUUUCUCCCUCAGCUUUAUUUCUUUCGGCUGAGGAAGAGGAGGGCGAGGAGCGGAGUGGGCCUUUUCUGCACUUUUCUCUCUCUGGGUUUGUGUCUUUCAGGCAAGGAAGAUGAGGAGUUAAAGCCCUUGGGUCUAAGAAAAGGAGGGCCAGGAGCCCAGUAGAUCUUUCUUGCACUUCCUCAGACAGCUUCGUAUCUCUUUGGAGAGAAGGAACCCAGCAGGACUUUAUUUCAGCUUUGGGUCUAAGCAGAGGAGAACGAGCCCAGUGGAUCUUUCUAGCACCUUUAGCCCUCAGCUUUGAGUCUUUCAGGUGAGGAAGAAGAGGAGGAGAAGCCCUUGAGUCUAGAGGAGGACGAGGAGUGGAGUGGGCUUUUCUCACACUUUUCCUCCUUGACUUUGUGUCCUUCAGGUGAGGAAGAGAUCUUUUCCUGGAGAUGUUGGGGAGCCGCCGCGAACGAGAGCGAUCCUGCUUUGGCCUGAUCCCGUCCUCACAGUCCAACAGCUUCCUCCUCCUGGUAUAGAAGAGGAGCCGGAGAAGCUGCCUGAAGCGAGACCAGGUCCAGGUCCACGUCCACCAUGGCGAAGGAGGAGUGCAAGGCGCUACUGGAUGCGCUGAGCAAAGUGACGGCCUGCUACCGGCACCUGGUGCUGACAAUUGGGGGGGCUUCGGACUCGCAGAACUUGCGCGAGGAGCUGCAGAAGACGCGGCGCAAGGCCCAGGAGCUGGCGGUGGCGGCUCGGACAAGGCUGACGACGGCACUGCGUGACAAGACCACGGGGAAGGAGGAGCGGGCAGAGCUGGAGCGGCUCUGGGUGCUCUUCUCCACCUGCCUGGAGCUGCUGGAGACGGACAUGCGCCGCGCCCUAGAGCUAGGCCAGGAGUUCCCGCUCAACGUGCCCAAGAAGCCUCUCAUCCAGACAGGCCUCAGUGGCGGGACCUCAGCUGUGGCCGCCCGGGCCAUGAGCGCCCAGAAGAUGAAGUACGAGGCCGGGCACGACAUCGACGCCGCCGACCUCAAGGACUUGGAGAAUGAGAUCAACCAGGUGGGCGAGAUGCGCUACGAGAUGGAGAUGAAGGUCAGUGUCCCGCAGUGGACUGUGGAGGCCAAGCAGGACCCCGGCGCAGAGCUCCACUCCACGGUCAGCGCCGGAGCCUCCUCGCUGGGCCUCAUCUCUGCUGAGGAACCCAAGGCCUUCUGCGACGUCAGCAGGGUCUUGGCCGGCAUAAUCUUCACCGCCGUACUCCUCGUGGCCAUCAUCCUGGCUGUCUGCGUAGCCAAGCUCUCCUGAGGGGUCCUCCUAUCUGCCAGAGGCCCAGAAAAGGAAGGAAGGCCAGGCCUAUGCCUUGCCCAGGGGAACUCCUUCUGGGGUGAGGAGCCAUUCUGUGGUCACGAAAGGGCCCUGGAGGUCUCUGCCCCAUACCUAUGCCAGCCAUGGUUUUGAGAGAUUCUAGCUUUACAGGACAGCCUAUAUCUGAGGUAUUUUAUUGGAGUAAAAGGUGUUUUUUUGCACAGGGAAACUUGUUAUUUGGGUUUGGGAUGCCCAGACCCUGAACCAGCUGCACUUUGAGAUAGCCUAGCUUUACAGAGCAGCUUAUAUCCAAGGUAUAUACACCUUUAUUGAAGUAAAAGGAAAAGAUAAACCUCUAUUGGAGUAAAAGGUGUUUUCUGCACAGGAAAAAAUUUGUUAUCUAGGGUUGGGAUCCACAUUGUUAGAAAAGAUGUUUGCACCAUGCCUAGACCCUGAACCGGCCGCACUUUGAGGUAUUCUAGCUUUACAGGACAGUAUUUCUGAGGUACAUACACCUUUAUUUGAGUAAAAUGCAAAGGCUACGAUGUUUUCUGCACCAGGAAAACAUGUUACCUGGGGUUGGUAUCCAUGUUGCUGUAAAAGGGGUCUGCUCCCUGUCCAUACCCUGAACCAGACACACUUUGAGAUAUUCUAGCUUUACAUAACAGUCUAUAUUCAAGGUACAUACACCUUUAUUUGAGUAAAAGGGGAAAGACCUGUUCGCUGCGCCCUUCAGAGUUGAUGAAAGAGAGGUAUUACAACUACCAGCUAUAGUUGCUAUUUCUAGAUUCGCUAUUCUGAGUAACCAGAAGCAAAUGUGGUUUGUGAAUAGCCUCCUCCGGUGGUGACCCAUGUUUACAAAUUGCACAUCGUUUGGAGGUUGGAAUGGAUUAAGGGACAAAACAGGGAGAUUUAGAAAUUACAUAGCAUUCCCUUUAAACAUCAGGAAUAGUGUCUCUGGACUGAGCAGUGGAUUUGUUUCCUCCUUCUAAAAAACAAUCUUUUAUUGUACUUUUUAAUCUCUGGAGUUAUGAUUUAAAGUUUCUGUUUCUGGGAUCAAAUUGCAUAGAGACUUGAAUCUUUAUGGGGAUGAGGAGACUAAUUGCAUAUUUGGCAAAUGUACAAUGUUAAAUGCAACCUAAAUCUACAAGAGGAAGAUUAAGCACCACUUACAGGAAUCUUAAGAAGCCCUGUUUACAAUUUAUGAUUGCAUAACAUAGUUUUCUUCUCCUUUGCUGGGGGUGGGAGGAAGGAAACUCUACUUCUUGGUAUUUUGGGUUCUUAACUCCAUGCCAGUCACAUUUAUAUAAAACGCCAUACUAUGUACAGAGAUUGACAUUUAUGGCUGAGUCCUCUGCUUUGACCUUAGUUAAAUUGUAAUUCAUAUGCAUAGGAACCAUGUUAGGCAGAACAAGAGUCUAAGGCUAUUUGGAAUCUUGUUUAGCACUGCUGAAUUAAGUGGGAGGUCUUUCCUAAUAAGUGUGUUUGGAUUGAAAACACUUAAAAUGUUAAGGCUUGUGUGCCAGUCAGUGUUUGUGAACUGCAGCAUCAGGCUACAGCUGUAGAAACAUUUUUAUGGAGGUAUUUUCUGCUUAUGUUUGUGGAAGUUGCUUUGAUCAAAUGUUGGUAUGGUCUGGGUUGUCAAUGCAACUGACUUUUGAUGUACAGUACAGCAUGGUGUUAAAUUUUAUGUAGGAAUGUAUGAAACUGCCUUAUAGUAAAUCAGGCUUUUGGUCCCUCUAGUUCUGUAUGACUGACAGUGGCUCUCCAAGGAUCCUAAGGAUUCUUUGGGAUCUUUUGUAACCCUGGCUAAUUAUACUGUCUUUUCCAGUCCUACCUGAAAUGCCAGACUGAUCCAGUUUAAUUCUAUGGUACAAAUAAGACACCUGAUCUCACGUUGACACUCUGAGGUUUGCACAUGUGCAUCUCCUAUUACUUAUAAUGGGAUUUAUAUAUUUACCUGCAAGAAUCAAGGCGAUUAGAAUCAAUCUUAUAAUCCUGACCUGCUCAAGCACUGACAUAAUGUGACUUGGAUGGCAGUGCUUGUGCCUGUGUCUGAUACAAGCCCUUUGAAAAACUGACAGCUGGAUGGAAUGUAAACGUAGGGCUUCAACUAAAUGUGGAAUAGCUUAGUUUUUCACAACAAAAAUUUAUCGGCACCUGCCAUACAUGCUUUCUUUGUUCUUUAUGAAAUGUACAAUGCACAGGUUACAUAAAACUGUUCUUUAAAGGACAUUGAUAAAGAACACAAGAAUUCCUUCCUGUGCAGGCAAGUUCCUCUCUAAAAUGUUCUUAAUCUAAAGAGCAGCAUAGUGGUUUUCCAAGAACUGCCAAUCCAUCUGGACUUAUGGCCAGGAACUGUUUGGUUCUACAAGUCAGAUUCCUGCCCUCUACACAUGAGACUAAGUCAGUGGGCUAGAUGACACGAGGGGCAGGCUUUUAUCAUUUACUCUUCUCCUCCCACAAUACUAUAACUAGUCCAGAUAGUACCAACCAGUACCCUAUACUGUCCGUGGUCUGGUAGUACCCCAUAUUGUCUAGGGUAGCUUACUAUAGAUGGAUCAAACUAACAGCAAACAAAAUGGUUCCACUGCCAGAAAAGAAGGAAAUUAUUGAGAAGCAAGGGGAAAGUAUCUACAUCUUACACUAUUACCCUGUGGAAGUGAAGGCACUGAAAACUGCAGUUCCAACCUUAACAGUGCUUGAAAAUAUGUCCCAUUCUUUUCAAGGGAACUUUCACAGGGCAUAUUUGGCAUUGGUGCAAUGAUCUCAUUAAUGUCUUUACAACUAGAUAUGUAUAGCCAGAUCCCAUAUAUGUUUGCACAGAAGGCUCCACUGGAUUCAAGGGUUGUGUGUAGUUUUAGGAAUGCUGAACCAUUGAAGUCUGAUUGUACAUGCAAUAGAACCUUCUGCAAAUAUGCCAGCUUGUAUGCACUUAUUUAAAUAAGCCCCACUGAAUAUAUUGGACCUAUCUAAGAAUGGAGCUGUUACCAAAAUCCUGUGACAUUGGCUUUCAUAUACACAUAUCUCGGUUAGAUGGGUAGGCAGUCAAUUCAAAUUUAAAAAAAUCUAAUCUAUUGCCUGCUGCUAACCACAUUCUCUUUGAGGACUACAGUAUCCCUAUGUUGGCUUUAGAAUUGUAUGUUUCAGCUUAUUUACUUAUAAGCAUAUAUGCAAAUAGAAUAUAUUUCAGGAUAUACCUGGCGAGGUUAGGCUUCUGUCCCACACAUUUUUCACAAUGUAUGUAACAGUGGUUGAUACUUGGCCUUUGAAGUGACAGGCACAUGUUGUCAAAGAAGUCUCUUAUUUUUUGUGGAGGAUGUAGCCAGGGAAGCCUUCUAAAGGUGUUAACACAAAAAUAGAGUCCAAAAUAAAAUUGUUCAAUAAGCAAGUGUUUUAAGAUGGCAUCCUUAGUUAAUUAUUGAGUGCAUCAAAUCUGUGUUAGUUUGUGGUUGUGAAUACCUCUGUUUCAUUGAACAAUUAUACUAAGGAAUGGAUUUGGGAUUUAAUUUGAGACUACGGCCUUGAGUCCCGUCCCCCCAGGGGUAGAGAAAGGUGGGAUAUAAAUAUGGUAAAUAAAUAAAAUACAGAAAUAAUUAACAAUUUUGAAUUCAUAUUGGUGCUACAAUACCCCACUUUGCAUGUAAUACUCAGACUGCUGCUAUUGAUCCUCUUUAUUUGUCCACUGUCGCUUCAAUCGUAGUUCAUUGAUAAGAUCCCACCUUUGCUUCACAAGGGCUAGACAUGUGUGCCACAGACCUUUUUAAAUGGGGCAACACUUGCACUUCAAACUUUCUGCAAAUGACAAUGUUUAAAUGCUGGAGAGAGAGAAAAACAGCAGGAGACUGGCUUUUCAUGUUUGAAUUGUAACUUUGUAGUACUCUUGUAAGGAACAAUUCUGUAUUCUUUGCACAUUCCAGUCUCCAGUCCAAGUAGCUCUGCAGCUGUGCUUGUUCUGGCACAAUCAGGAAAUACAGAUUCAGUAGCUGAGAGUAAUGUUAUUUUUUAUCAUUUCAAUCUAUAUGUGCUGUUACUCAUCUAAGUUUUUGUAGGUUUACGAGGUGUGAUUCAGUUUUGUUGAUGUUCAGAAUUUGUUUUGCAAAUGAUCUAUUUGUUGCAUAAAUUCAUAACAUUGUAAGGCACUACCUGCCUAGACAAUUCUUCUGUGGCAGAACCAGGUAGCAUUUCUGGUUUUCAAGUAAACAUGUUUUAAGAUGGAGAUUUAGGUAUGUUUGUAAAUGAGUAUCAGAACUGUAUUCCUUACAUUUAUUUAUUUAUUUAUUUACAGUAUUUAUAUUCCGCCCUUCUCACCCCGAAGGGGACUCAGGGCGGAUUACAGUGAACACAUAAAUGGCAAACAUUCAAUGCCAACAGACAAACAACAUUCAGUUUUAGACAGACACAGAGGCAUUUUUUUUAACAUCUUUCCAGCUUCACAAUUCCGGCCACAGGGGGAGCUGUUGCUUCACCAUCCAUUGGUGGCUGUUCUUCUUCUUCUUUUCCUCGUGAGCAGUUUUAUGGUGUUGUAGAUUAGUUAAAUUAGCCUCCCGCAUAAAGCGUCCCUAAAUUUUCCCUACUUGACAGAUGCAACUAUCUUUCGGGGCUGCUAGGUCAACAGCAAGCCGGGGCUAUUUUUAAAAAAAAUUUUUUAUGGUCGGAGGCUUAACCCGACCCGGGCUUCGAACUCAUGACCUCUCGGUCAGUAGUGAUUUAUAGCAGCUGGUUACUAGCCAGCUGCGCCACAGCCCGGCCCCCAGUUAGGGUUAGCGUUAGGGUCUUAUAUCUCUCUUAAAACAUGAUUCAGAUUUCCCUCUUGCCUGUUUCUCAAGAUCAUUCCCACCAUCAACUGUGUAUUCAUUCAUGUUCAUGGAAUGUAAAGACAGAAGAAAGUAUGAGACAGGAUUGCCACUUUCUAAUUACCUAAUACCUCUACCAUUAAUUAUCCAAGGAUGCCCAGGACAAUGGUAUGUGCAGUGUGAUCCACAGACAGACUCCGAUCACUUGGUCUGGGAAGCUGACUGAAUGCAAAGGAGGCAAAGACAUGUAUAGAUGUUACUGGUGAUGUAUUCAUAAUUUUGUACUUCAAGCCACACUAAUGAGAAUUUGGUUUCACGAAAUACACGGACAUUUGUCAUUAAAAUUAACCGCAGUACAUUCCAGUUGCUUUCUAGAAGUUUAGUAUGCGGAAGGGCGUGUGUUGUUCAGCCACUUGACAUUUUUUUAAAUAAUACUUCUUAGCAAUUUUAUUUAUGAAGAUUUGCUGCAACUACAGACUAACUGAAUAUUUUUAAAAUGUUGAGUUAAAGCUGAAGUUUAACUUUUGUUAAAAUGUGUACACACUUUUUUAAGAAGAAAAAAAAAAGCCUGAUGACACUCUCAUGUUUACAGCCUUAGCCAUUUUUCUUGAGCAAGAAUGUAUAUUUUCACUGGAAAGGGCAAGGGAAGAUUUCUUUUUGUAAAAAGAGAUUUUUAAAAAAUCAAACUUUGUUAUAUAGUGAGGAGAUGACAAAUUCAGGUAUUAUGACUGAAGGCAAUGAGAAAUUAUAAAUACCAACUGUGGUACAAAAGAAAUAAAAGCACUUUUGACUUCUACUGGUUGAGAUAUUUGUUCAAGGUCAGUAUUACAAAUCUGUUUUACAAUGACUGUGCAAGUGUUAAAUUGUAAUGAGCUGGUAUCAUUCCAUCUGUGCAAGAGCAUGGGUUUUUGUGCUCAGGAUAAAGCCUGUUGCUAUUAUUUAUUUAUUUAAUAUAAAUUAAUUAUUUAAAAUAAAGUCUCUUCUGUUAACUUUG